GUAGAGUUGGCCCCGCCGUACUUACCCACUAUAUAUGACAUUGUAAGGAAACCAGGAGGUCUUUGCGUUGCAGAUGAGCUUCAGUCUGGCUAUGCUCACACAGGAAGUCAUUUCUGAGUGUUUGAGUAACAUGGUGUUAUUCCUGAUAUCGUGUCCUUGGAAAAGGGCAUUGGAAAUGGGAUUCCUCUUGGUGCUGUGGUAACCAUUCCUGAGAUUGCAUAGGUCUUGGUUGAGCGAUCAUACUGUAACACAUUUGGUGGGAAUCCUUUAUGUACUGCUGCUGGUUUGGCUGUUUUGAAAGUAAUUGAGAAGGAAAAGCUUCAGGAGAAUGCUUUUGUUAUGGGAUCCUACAUGAAAGAGAGACUAAGAGUACUAAGGAAAAAUAUGACUGUAAUCUUCGUUUCCUCUCCAUUUUGUUCUGCAUCAGACAUUCUUUCUUGUGUGAAAGCCUAAAUUAAUACUGAUCGUUACAUCACAGAUCGCAAACUGAAGACUCCUGCACAGGAAGAAACUGUUCAUAUAAUGGACCAGAUGAAAGAACUUGGAGUGCUGAUUGGAAAAGGUGGAUAUUUUGGAAAUGUUUUCAGAACCCCUUCUUUGUGCUUCACUAAGGAUGAUGCAGGAACUUGACCAUAAAGGGGUUGAAAAGGCAAAUCUCUCCCCACAUAUUUCAUCAAAAAAAUGGUACAUAAUCUGUAGCUACAUUUUCUGACCUUGAAAUGAAGAAAAUUAACAAGAUGUAAGGAAGUUGAACAUUGGAGCACCUUUCUGGUCUGUAUUUCUAAUUAUUCAGCUUUUGGAUUUUAGAUAUGAUUUAUUUCUUCUCUAAUAGAUUUCUUUAUGUAGGUCUAUGGCAAAGAACUAUAUAUCCCUGCCUUGCAUUCAUACUUCCUAGAAGCUAAGUUUAAUUUUCAUGCUAUGGAGACACUACCAAAGAAAGUGAUUCUCUCUUUGCAAUUUGCAUUGAUAUAACUAGUAAGCAGCAAUGCAUCAAUUGUGGGUGUAGGCAAUAAAUUCAUCUAGAAAGUUUCUUUGAUAGCUUCAUUCUAGAAUAUUUGCUUUUGUUCUACAACUGUUGCAACAAUAACAUCAGAAGUACAUCAAAUUCUUCAAUUAACUUGGAAAAAGGCAAUGAGAUAUUGGCACUCAUCGUGAGGCAAUGAAGGCAAUAAGAAAUUAACUUAUCUUGAGGUGGGUUGACGCCUCUAAUGGCAAAGGAUCCAGCACAAGUGCCUGAAUUGGUGGAAUUCAGAUGUCUCAAUAUUUCAUGAGCUUAUCUACUACUAGAAACAACCAGUUGAACUGAUGUUUGUCAUGAGGAACAAGGUGCUUUGAAAUUGAAAAUCUGAAAUGGAGAGCUGUUGUAGUAUCUGCACCAAAGAAUCAUGAAAAAGAAGGUCAAUUGCAAAGAACUUAUCUCUUGCUAUGAACUCAAAUUUUAUCAAACCCGAGGGUGAUUUUUUCAUGUGAAGGAAACUCAAGAAGAGAUGCGAUUCUCCUGUUGCGUAUUGCAUCCAUAUAGUUGGCCUUGUUUGCUGGAAUAUUUGUUCUUGUUCUGCACUUGUUGCAAGCAAAAACGGAACCCCAUCAAAUCCUUUUAUUUAAUUGGAAAAGGACUCUGAGAUGUUGGCACAAUCCAGGGCAACCACACUGCUAAUUCCAAACAAGGAGUACUGGUAAUGCCAUGGAGUUCAAAUUACAAAGAUUUUCUGAGACAGACCAUCAAUCACACCAAUGGUCGAAUGAGGAAAGGUCAAUGUGUCAAGUGGGAUGGAACUUUUUUCACAAAGGCUAGGAGUAGGAGAUCAGUUAAUUUGGAUUUUGGGCAUUAAAUUCUUGUUGCCUUCCUAUUGUUGGAGUCUGAGUUUGGGAUUGGGCCUCGAGACUAUAAUUAAGGUCCUAGUCCUUCUCCCUUCUAACGGUCAAAAAACCAAUGGUUAUUUACAGUAAUAAGGCCAAAUCCAACGGCUAUCAUAAUAGAGCUGUUGGUUGAUUAAUUGCCCUUUUUAUGUUGGUUAACCGCUAUUAACGACUAUUAUAAAAGAUGUCAUCUAUUGAUCAACAUCCACUUUUUACUAACCCUUCUAUUGAGCUAUUUCCUAAUGACCUUGAUGCAGAUACAUUUGAUGAGCUCUAUGAUGCCUCUCCACAUGCUCCACCUGGUUCUAUAGAAGAUGUUCUGCCUGUUGGUAAUGCAUUAGACAAUGCUGAGUUUUCUUCCCUUACCUCUUCUAUAUCACCUAUUAGAUUUAACCAUGUUAAUCUUGAGCCUAAAAAUGAGAUCCUUAAUCCACCUUCAAGUCAUCGUACUCGAGUAAGAAAUCCUUCUAGCUAUCUUUGUGAUUAUCAUUGCUUUCCUGCUAUUACCUCCUUACAUGAGCCUCAAUCCUACCAAAAGGCCUCUUCUAACCCUCGUUGGCAGCAAGGAUUUACUCAGGAAUAUGGGAUUGAUUAUGAGGAAACCUUUGCACUUGUUGCUCGUCCUACUUCAGUUCGUAGUUUGAUUGUUAUUGUUGUUGCAAAAAGAUGGAAAUUGUUUCAGAUGGAUGUGAAAAAUGCCUUUCUAAAUGGUGAUCUUGCAGAGGAAGUUUACAUGAAAUCACCUCCUGGACUUAAGCAUCCUCCAAACAAAGUUUGUCGAUUGAAGCAAGCUCUGUAUGGUUUGAAAAAAGCACCUCGACCUUGGUUUGCGAAUUUUAGUACCACCAUCAGUGAAUUUGGUUUUAUGUCUAGUGUUCAUGAUACUGUACUAUUGAUACGUAAGACUAAUCAUGGUAUGGUUCUACUACUUCUUUAUGUUGAUGAUAUGAUCAUUACUAGGGAUGAUAUUUCAAGUAUUCAUGAUCUUAAGCAAUUUCUCAAUCAUAAGUUUGAGAUGAAAGAUCUUGGCAUUUUGAGCUAUUUCUUGGGACUUGAGGUCACCUUUUAUGAUGAUGGUUAUCUUUUCUCUCAAACAAAAUAUGCUUUUGAUCUUAUAUCUAAAGCUGGACUCACUGACAGUAAAACUACAUCUACUCCUUUUGAGCCCAAUGUUCGACUUACAUCCAUGGAUGGUUCUCCAUUAGCUGAUCCUACUCGUUACAAACAGUUGAAGCAAACAGUUCCAUCACGUUCUAGCACAGAGGCUGAAUAUCGAGCACUUGGAGACACCACAUCAAAGUUACUUAAUUUAUGUUGGCUACUAGAAGAUAUGGGUGUUUCUCAAUUGCCUGCUACUAAUUUUUAUUGUGACAAUCAGAAUGCCAUGCAGAUUGCUCGUAAUGAUGUCUUCCAUGAACGCACUAAACACAUUGAGGUUGAUUGUCACUUUGUUCCUCAUCAUGUUGCAUAAGGAACUGUUCAUUUGGUUUUUAUUGGCUUCGUUGAUCAACUAGCAGGCCUUUUCACUGAGGGUUAUUUUCUUGGACGCUUUCGUACUCUUCUUUCCAAACUCAAGUUAGUUUAAUCACAACCACUUUAACUUUAAAAGGAAUGUUAAUAUAUGAAUAUAAUAAUUUAGAUUAU